CGCUGAUGUCAGACCAGGAAAACACAAACGUUUUUAUUUUUCACUGAGAAUCCGUGCUUUUUCAAGGCUGCAUUGUAUUUCGGCACAGUGUCUUCGCAGGUGGUGGCUCUUGCUGCGGCGUGCGUCGACCCAGGAGGGACGACCGGGGUCGGGCAGUCACAUGCGCCCCCUAGUGGCACGCUAUGGAGGAUGCUGUAAGCCACAGCUCACUAGAUUCCGAUGAGUACGUUAUGGUCAACGGUGAACCUAAGCUUAAGGUAUCUGGCAAUGGAAACGUAGACGAUCUUGAGAGGAGGAUGCAGGAAGCCAUACUGUCGUCGAAUGUCAGCUGCCCGCUUGGUAGCAGUGACGCGAACACUGGCCACAAGGCGGAGGAGGAGGCCGUGAUGAGGGCCGAUGAGAAGGCCGACACGCCCGAGAACGCUAACAAGGAUGCUGAGGAGAAGUUGCGGCUCAUUAACGAUCCUCUAGGUGAGCGAGAUCAGGGCUCUGAUGCAAACGAGGGCUUUCCUCACGAGAAACUAUUUUAA